CACAAGGAGAACCUCAGUUCGCACGCAGCGGAUCAAAACCCUAAUCUUCGCUUAUCAAAUCCCUACUUCGCCAUGGACGAGGCUCAAGAGAUCCUUCUGUACUCUCUUCAGAGCACAGGAAUCUCUCUCCCAUCGAAUAUCUCUUCAAUUAAAGACCUGACCCCUGAUUCUCUCGUCUCCAUCUGCGCUCAACUUUUGACUCUUAUCGACGGUUCAUCUUCCUCUUUUCCAACCUCUCUUCCUUCAUCAAUGGCGGACAAGUUCAAGAUUUGCGAGGGUUUGGCUUCUGCAGUCAAAGGUUUAGGAUAUAGAGAACCCCUCAGCUUCCAUCAGUUCCUGUAUCCAUCAGACGAGGACUCAAGUAAGUUGGUGAGAUUCCUGGUUGGGAAGCUCUCUGAAUCAUCUGAAGAUAGAAAAGGCACUGAUAAUAUUGCAAGAGAACCGAAUUUGGUUCUUAAAAAAGAUACGGGAGAUAGUGAUAAAGAUGCAGCAAAUCAACCAAAUGAAAGGGCUGAUGGAGAACAUGUCUGCCAGAUAGAAAAUAUGUUUGCCGUUGAACCUGAAGAUAAGUUGGCUUUGCUGAAAGUACGACUAUCCAAGUUAAGAGAUGGAGUGAAGAACUUACAAAGUCAAGAAAAGCUGUUGAUAGAGGCAAAACGUGUGAAGGCCUUGGAAGUUCAGAAACUAGAACAUGAUUAUGAGAUAUUGAAAGUAGCUGUUGACAUGGCAUUUGACGAUCAACAUGAUGCUGGAUAUUUUAUAAGACAGCUCAACGAGCAAGUGGAAUCAAGGAGAAGUAAUAUUAAGGAACUGGAAUCACAAUGGAAUUGUCUUAAACAAACGAUGGAAGAAAGAAAGAUGACUCAUGGGCUGUCAGCUCAUAUCCUAGAACCUGGGGUGGGAGAAAAACCAGAUCAGUUGAAAGAAAUUGAGCAAGAAACUGAAGCAACAAUAUCUGAAAUAAACAGGCGAGAAUUGGAAUGUUCCACACUUCUUGCUGAGCUUCAGAAGCAGCCUAAACUUCCCCCAAGAAAAUCUUACAUUCAACGCAUAACUGAGAUUACAAAGAACAGCUGGAAACAAGACGCUGAUAUUGCUAGAAUCCUGAAAGAAACUCGUGAGCUUAAGUUGGAGAGUAAUUCUGUACGAGAGCGUCUUGAUAGAACUUAUAUGGUGGUUGAUGAAACUGUAUUCAGGGAAGCUAAGAAGGACGCAAUGGGGCGACAGGUAUAUAGGCUUCUAACCAGCAUCCAUGAUAGCUUUGAACAGAUAUCAGAGAAGAUUCUGGCCACGGACAGAGCUCGAAGAGAAGCUGCAGAACUAGAGGCAAAGCUUGCAGCCCUCUCUUCUCGUAGCUUUGGCAUUGAUAAACUACAGUCAGAUCUUGAUUCCAUCAGGAAGGAGAAUGAGUUACUUGAGCAGCAGCUUCAUCAAGUUUGACAGUUUUAACUGGUUCAGAGUUCGGCUAGUAUGAUGAAUGCAGCUUGAUUUGAUAUUUCUGUAAAUUGUUGUCCAGAUUGGUCAAUCCGUGCUUUAAUCUGUUAAAAGCAAACUGGAAGCUGAUGUUUUCAAUCGGUUCAAAACAUUUGUAACGGUAAGGAGUAUACUGUACAUAUCCAUUUGUGAAGUUCCUAGCUAGAAAGAAGACAGAAAGUUUUCUGUAACACAAGCAGGGAGUGCUUAUUUAAAUAUGUCAAUUACUAUAGUUUUCGCUUUGGGUCUGAAUCAAAGAGUUGGAUUAGAGAGUAUUCUGAUUAUAUCCAGAUAGAGUUGUAUACUUGUAUGUACUUGCAUCGUUUCAAGAAAAAUCGAGUUGUGAUCGUGUA